GAUUUAAUGGAGUCGUAGUAUGAGUCAAAAUGAGAUGAUGCCUGUGUAUUUCCAUUUAUUAGUUUUUAUCUGCAUAAUAUCAAAUGAAUGUACAUUUGCCUCUUUCUCAGAUACAUCGUCUGGUAUUUUUGGAGGAACAAGUCAAGGUCUCAUAGCAGCGUUUGGUGACUUUAAUGCUGAUAAAGCAACUGAUGUUUUUAUCCUUGCAGACGAUGCCAAAUCAGUACAGCUUAUUUUUGGUAAAACUGAAAAGAUUGAUGCCUCCUAUUCUCAAGAAGAGUUGAUAUCCAGUAAGCAGAAUAAUGACAGCUAUAUUGUUAGUUUGAUACCAAGUGAUUUCAAUGGGGAUUCAAUAAUGGAUUUAUUGGUAACAAGGAGAAAGGAUGGUGAAAAAUCUGGACCAUUACAAGUUUUGAUCUAUUGGGGAACUUCCAAGUCUAAUAUAGUAGCUGAUCAGCCAUUAAUUCUGGCUGAAUCAUUUAAAGAUCAACCUGCUAUCUUAGAUGUAAAUUCUGAUAUGAUACCAGACUUAAUGGCUGAAACAAAAGAUGGAGAAAGAACUUAUCUGAUAUUUAAUAUACAUCAAAAUUAUACAACAGAAAAAGUUAAAAAUGGAACAUCACAAUCACCCUUGCCACCAUUAUAUGUACCACAGUCUAGUGCCUUUUUAGAUUUUGAUACAGAUUUAACUGCUGAUUUAAUUACUGUAUCAUCUGGUAACAGUAGCAAACUACAAUUUGAGAUAUGGUUAAAUAAGAAUGGUGCAUUGGAAUGGGAUCAAACUAUAGAGGCUCCAACAGAAAUAAAAGUAUUUGGUCAGCCCUCUUUUCUUGAUAUGAAUAGUGAUCAUAGUAUAGAUAUAGUGUUACCAGGCUGUUUAAAUAAGGACUGUUCAACUAGUGUUAUUUAUGUGUAUUCUAAAGAAAAGUGGUAUAAGUUAGAUGUCAAGUUUAAAGAUGAUAACAAUCUAUGGGGAUUUAAUCCAACCUCACUCCAUCCACUUCUUGAUGUGCCAUUAAGUUUAAGAAUGGGAGAUCUCAAUUUAGAUGGAUAUCCUGAUGCAUUAACUAUAUUAUCUUUACAAAACAAGACUAAAGUCCAAAAACAGGUUGUGAUGAAAAAUGUGCAUUGUGGGUCAUGUGAAGGCUUCAGUAGAACAUUUGAAAUGAAUUUCAUUGGGCCAACAAAAGAGUCCAGCAAUCCAGUAUUAGUAGCUUUCUUUGAUAUUGGUGAAAAUGGUGUAUUAGAUGUGGUGAUGUCAAAUUAUGAUGGUAAAAAUAGUGAACUUGUAGCCUUGUCUCAAACAUUCACAGAAGAUGCUUAUUUUGUUAAAGUAAUGGUAUUAAGUGGUUUGUGUAAAUCAGAAUGUACAGAUGGUCAUCAGAGAUAUGGAGUCAAUCAAGUGGGUCCAGCUAUUAAAUAUGAAACUGUUAAUUCAAAUGGUGAUCCCCAGAUUGGAAUAGCCUCACAACUUGUACAGUCAGCAUAUUUUUCACUGCAGUUACCAUUUACAGUAUUUGGUUUAGGUCAAACACCUAAUUUUGUAGAUAAAUUAGUAGUUGGUAUUCCCUACCCCCAUGGUGCAAAAUCAAGAAAUAAAGAGUUUACUUCAAUCAUUCCUAAUUCACGUUUAGUUAUUACACCUUAUCCUGUAGAUGAUUCUAGCAGUUGGAGUAACAAGUUAUUUAUAACACCAAGUAAAUUAGUAUUAUUAACAGGAGCUGCUUUACUGGGUGUUUGUGGUUUUAUAGCUAUUAUAGUUGCUAUAUUACAUUGGAGAGAUAGGGCUGAAGAUAAAAGAGAAAAGUUACAAGAUUCUCACAAAUUUCACUUUGAUGCCAUGUAGUUUUCAGCUAGAGAUCUGAAUUUCAUAUUUCUUCAACUCUUGUCUAUAUUUUUAUAACUAAUACUUUACAACUGAACACUACUGUUCUUUCUCUAAAGCCAUCUGUCCAAUUUAUUGAAAGACGAGCAUAGUCAAUAUUAGAUAUUUAGGAGUCCGACAAUUUGAACACAUUUGGGCCGAUCGCAAACAAAAACAUUUAAGAUAGAUUCAGUUGUUUCACAAUGCUUCAAGUUCAGUUGAACAUCCUACUAUAUUUCAGUAUCAUAAGAUAGGACCAUAUAGAACUUACAUUCUGAAGUGUGAAAUGCAUAAUACUUCAUGUACUUGUGAUUCUGAACUCUAUUUCUAUUUGACAAUGUGGGUAAUAUUCAAUAUCUGUCUUCCAAUACUAUUAUAUUUAAUCACCUGAUUUUAAUGUCUCUUUUCAAUGUACAUAAAAGGAAACACUCCAAUAAUGUUAAGACUUUUUUGCAAUAUUUUACUGUGUAAAUUUUCAUGUUUAUUUAUUUAUUUGUUUAUGUCCUUCUGUAUAUAUUAUUAAACUUGUUAUCGAAUAG